AUGCGGAGGCUGAAGCGAGAGAGCCGACUCGCUGGGAAGACACCGCAGAUCAAGCGGAGCGCCACGACGAGGUUUUAUCGACCCGCGAGCGCUGAUGACAAUCAUCGGCACAAAGAUGGGUUUCAUCUGAAGAUCGUCUCAAAUGAGGAGGAGAAAACUUAUCGCAUCCAGUGCUCUCACCGCAAAGCUCAAGUCCACCACCGAAUUGAAGACACCACCUUUAGCAGAUGGAAGAUUGCUGAGCACUUGCAAGGGCCAGGAACCAUCCUCGUUCUGCAUCUUGAGGAGCAAGUCCACAUCUAUCGUGUUCCGGAUUCCAAAGUACCUGCUGAGCAGAAUCCUUUUGGCAACGUCCAGUGGCUUCGACUCGGUCUCGUUCCCGAUCCGGUUGACGAGAGCCGCCUCCAUCGCUUGAUACACGAGAUCAAAGUUGGGAAUCUCCCUCUUCUCUCCAAACGUCGCGAGGACCCGGCCAUACAUGAACAAGAAGUCCUCCUGGCUGAGAUUCUCGUUGUGGCGGACAACCGGGUGAUCUUCCAUGGAGAGCGCAUAGGCGAAAUAGACAACGUUGGCUAUGACGACCGGAUCCACUCGAGGCCGCUCCAAGUCCAGAAAGUGCAUAGCUUGCGCGGAGGUGACGAGGCUAAGAUCAAAAAGUGUGGAGACACAAGUCGACAUGGUGUCGAUGUCCGGCGGAUAGCGCGAGACGUCGGCACCGAAGUAACCGAAGGGAUGGCCGCGCUCGAUCAGUACCUGGAGAGAUUCCAUCCAGCCGAGAGGAAUGAUCUCAGGAAGGCACCAGGCCGCCACGCAGGGAAAGAAGAUCUCGGAGACGAGCUCCUGCCGGCCGUUGUCAAGCAGCUUCACAGCUCGAGGCAGCAGGAACCGACGCUUCAAGAAGUCCUGGCAAGCUUUCUUGUUGGGCGAGGCAUACGGGAGAGCGAGCAAGCUCUCGAAGGCAUGUAGCGCGGCCAUCUCCACGCUUUUAUCGACAAUCACAGCAUGGAACCUGAUAUCUCCAAGGAGGGAAUCUAGAUCGCGGGAGAUUGUAGCGAAGUUCUUCCAGAGCGACCACGGGAAGAGGUUGUAAACUCGCUCCCACUCUUGUGGAGGAAUAUCAAUCCAUCCCAGGAGCUGCUGCCUCGUUGACUGGAGCAGUGACAGUAGCUCCUCGUCCACCUCGCAGCUGGAAGCGGCCUCGAGCAGCAUGGAAUCCAGGAGAGCUGGCUCCUUGAGCUUGAAU